CGGCGCCGCUGCGGGGCCAGUCGGGACGGAGGAGACAAGAUGGCGCUGCGGGCGAUGCGGGGCAUCGUGAACGGGGCCGCGCCUGAGCUUCCCGUACCCACCAGUGGGCCCGUGGUGGGGUCUCGAGAACAGGCGCUGGCAGUUAGCCGGAACUACCUCUCCCAACCUCGUCUCACAUACAAGACAGUAUCAGGAGUUAAUGGUCCACUAGUGAUCUUAGAUCAUGUUAAGUUUCCCAGAUACGCUGAGAUUGUGCACUUGACACUCCCCGAUGGCACGAAGAGGAGUGGGCAGGUUUUAGAAGUUAGUGGUUCCAAAGCAGUGGUUCAGGUAUUUGAAGGGACUUCAGGUAUAGAUGCCAAGAAGACAUCCUGUGAGUUUACUGGGGAUAUUCUCCGAACGCCAGUGUCUGAGGAUAUGCUUGGUCGGGUAUUCAAUGGAUCAGGAAAACCCAUCGACAGAGGUCCUGUUGUACUGGCUGAAGACUUCCUUGAUAUCAUGGGCCAGCCAAUCAAUCCUCAGAGUCGAAUCUAUCCAGAGGAGAUGAUUCAGACCGGCAUUUCGGCCAUAGAUGGCAUGAACAGUAUCGCUAGGGGGCAGAAAAUUCCUAUCUUCUCUGCUGCUGGCUUACCGCACAAUGAGAUUGCAGCUCAAAUCUGUCGCCAGGCUGGUUUGGUAAAAAAAUCCAAAGAUGUAGUGGACUACAGUGAGGAAAAUUUUGCGAUUGUAUUUGCUGCUAUGGGUGUAAACAUGGAAACUGCCCGGUUCUUCAAAUCUGACUUUGAAGAAAAUGGCUCAAUGGACAACGUCUGCCUCUUUUUGAACUUGGCUAACGACCCAACUAUUGAGCGAAUUAUCACUCCUCGCUUGGCUCUAACCACGGCCGAGUUCCUGGCCUAUCAGUGUGAGAAACAUGUAUUGGUUAUUCUAACAGACAUGAGUUCUUACGCUGAAGCACUUCGAGAGGUUUCAGCAGCCAGGGAAGAGGUUCCUGGUCGACGAGGUUUCCCAGGUUACAUGUAUACAGAUUUAGCCACAAUAUAUGAACGCGCUGGUAGAGUGGAAGGUAGAAAUGGCUCGAUUACUCAAAUUCCUAUUCUCACCAUGCCUAACGAUGAUAUCACUCACCCCAUCCCUGACUUGACUGGAUAUAUUACAGAGGGGCAGAUCUAUGUGGACAGACAGCUACACAACAGACAGAUUUACCCACCUAUUAAUGUGCUGCCCUCGUUGUCGCGGUUAAUGAAGUCUGCUAUUGGAGAAGGUAUGACCAGGAAGGAUCAUGCUGAUGUAUCUAACCAGCUGUAUGCAUGCUAUGCUAUUGGUAAGGAUGUGCAGGCCAUGAAAGCCGUAGUUGGAGAAGAAGCCCUUACCUCAGAUGAUCUGCUUUACUUGGAAUUUCUGCAGAAGUUUGAGAGGAACUUCAUUGCUCAGGGUCCUUACGAAAACCGCACUGUCUAUGAGACUUUGGACAUUGGCUGGCAACUGCUCCGAAUCUUCCCCAAAGAAAUGCUGAAGAGAAUCCCUCAGAGCACCUUGAGCGAAUUCUACCCUCGAGACUCUGCGAAGCAUUAGCUGCUACUUCAUCGCUGGCUCGAUGCUCUUGUGAAAUACUGGUUCUGUUUUCUUUAUUCCUUUUGCACUCCUCCAUCCCCACCUUUGUGUUGGAGUUUACUGUGUUACCCUGUAAUUAAAAACAAAGAAUAGGUAACAUAUUGUGCCAGUGUUGCAAUGUUUUAAACUGCUAACAGCCUUUAAAAUAUCCCCUGUUCGGAAAACCUGGAACUUCAAUGCUUUGUUUAAAGUAGCUGAGGGUUGGAGGUGACGUUUUCUUACUGAUGUGUGUAUUUGUACAUAGUGGUGUAGUUAGCUGCCUAGUGUCCUCAUUAUCUGGGUCUCUCAGACCUUCCCUGUCCACCCCCUCAAGAGUAUCACUAUCUGAAGUUAUAAUGCUUUGAUCUCCAAACUAGAGACAGGAUAGGGUCUGAGAGACGCUUCCUUUCAGAGCCAAGAUGCUUUCCUGAGCACUUGUUUUUAGAUUUUGGUGUGCCUCUGGGUCUGUGCUGCUGCUCUAAGCAGAUGGUUUUUACCGUCCACCUGCUGUUUCCUGUUUAAUGAAUAGAUUAGAAAGUUUCAACUCCUGUUUCUUACUGUUCUCCCUCCCUCUCAGUGACACAGAAUCAUGCAGGUUUUGCCCAACUGGCAUUGAUCUGAUAGUAGUGAGAUGCCCUGUCUGAUGAUCCUUACUGGGUUUCCAUGCAGAGGAAUCAUAAUUAAAAUAAUUAAUAGAAUUGUUGGUUGGAAAGAUUUGGGAUACAAUUUUUUAAGAAAGAAAAACCUACAUCGGUUCUACAUUUGGCCAUGCUAACAGUGGUUUUAAGUUUCUAAAGUGUUUACCAGAUGCUAAAGGCAAGGUGGGGAAGAGAAAGCUCUUCUGUGUAUGGAAUUUUUUUUAUAUAUACCAUCUAUGGAUAUUUUAAACUCUGUUAGAUAGCAGCCUUUGGAAGAUCCCCUAUUUGGUCCUACUUUCUGACCUAUCUGCCUUUUCAGGGUAAUCUUGUGGCACAAGUGAUAGCAUUUAAAAGCUUUAGUCUUUUAAUUCCUCCUCCUUCCUGCUGCGAGCCCUGAGCUGUCUUCUAUGCACUUCUGACAUGUCUACUGUUUGGUCUCUCUGUGUUCUUUGUUACUUGGGUGCAAUAGCAACUUCUCUGUGCAUUCCAUCUUUCUUUCAAGUUGUGUAAAGUUUUUUUUUUCUCUGAGGGUGUAGGGGGUGGGGGGGAGUCAGCAUGAUUAUAUUUUAAUGUAGAAAAUGUGACCUGGAUAUAAAAUGAAAAUAAAAAUACUAAGUUAACUGGAAGUUACCUAAAGUGACUCUGUAUCUUCUAAUCAGAAAAGCAAUAACAACAAGCAAAUAUAUGAUAAUGCACCUCUCUUUUAUUCACAGUUCUGAACAUCAUAACCACUAUUGUGAACCAGCCCCUUGAUUCACAAUAUUAUGAACCAUGUCCCCUUUACAGGGACAAGGCCCAUGUUUUGUACCCUCUGCCUUUUAGGCUGCCCUUUCAAGCUCUUUUCAGUAAUACCUCUUCCAACAUAUUGUAGUUUGAUCCAAGGUUGAGAGUUACUAAGGUGUGGGGUUUGUUUGUUUGUUUGUUUGUUUGUUUUGUAGAUCACUAGAGGCUGUAAGUUCUCUGAAACUUGAAGUUUUGAUUCAGGGUCCACUUAGCAUUUUCGAGAGUUACUAAGGUGUUUUAUAGCAUUCUUUAUUUCAGACAUUCUCGACCUCUAGAGCCUGUCUGCCAUGAAUGAGAGAGGGUAAUAAAUCGGAAAUGAAAUACAUACUGAAGCAAGCCAAAACUUGCUUCAUAUAAAAUCUGAAAUAGAUGGUCCAGUAUAUAAAGAAAACAUACUGGUUAAAGCACAGGGAUGUGGCAUCAUGGUGGCCUCCCGUUUCUUUCCCCUCUUCAACUCAGAGUGACAUUUAGGAGAUGUAGAGGAAGAGGCUCAGUCAUCGCAAGAGUAGGUAGACCUGUGUUCUGAUUCUGGCGCUGCCACUAACUGUAUGGUCUUGCUUAGUCAUUUAACAGAUUUGUGUUCCUUUUAGGGUUAUUAUAAGGACUAGAGAUUUUGUAUGUAAAGCAUUAGAACAGUGCCUGGUCCAUGGUGUAGGCACUCAUAGUAGGCUACUCUUAAUACCAAAGCUUUAUUAAGGGAGAUUUGACU